CUGAUGCCCUGCUCUUUGGGUCCUGUCAGCGCUGCUGUUAUUUAUUUAAUGUCGGGAUUAACGGCGCGCAGCCCGGCCUGGUCCGCAACUCAGCCCCGGAGCGAGGUCGCUUCUCUCCCCGCCCCGGCUGGGCCCGGUUAGGCGGUGAUCGGGGACGAUUUUUAUUUCAUUCAUCGGUUAAUAUUGUUGAGGGGGAGGGGUCGUGGGAAUGAAGAAAUUCUUCGACUCGCGGCGGGAGGCGGCGGGCUCCGGUUCGGGAGGCGGCGGCAGCGGCGGGGGCGGCGGCUCCUGUCCCGGCAGCGGCUUCAUCGGCCGCGUCUUCAGCGUGGGCCGACAGCAGGUCACGGUGGAAGAGGUGGUGGCUGAAGGUGGUUUUGCCAUAGUAUUUCUGGUGAAGACACACAAUGGUGUGAAAAGUGCACUGAAAAGAAUGUACGUUAACAAUGAACAUGACCUGCAGGUGUGCAAGAGAGAAAUCCAGAUAAUGAGGGACCUGUCAGGGCACAAGAACAUUGUUGGGUAUAUUGAUUCCAGCACCACAGCUGUAGGUUCCGGAGAAGUGUGGGAAGUGCUGAUCCUAAUGGAUUUUUGUCGAGGAGGUCAAGUGGUGAACCUGAUGAACCAGCGGUUACAAACAGGAUUCACUGAGAACGAAGUAUUGCAGAUAUUUUGUGAUACCUGUGAAGCAGUCGCAAGGUUGCAUCAGUGCAAGACCCCCAUCAUCCACCGAGAUCUAAAGGUUGAAAAUAUAUUGCUUCAUGACAAAGGGCACUAUGUCCUCUGUGACUUUGGAAGUGCAACCAAUAAAUUCCAGAAUCCACAGGUUGAAGGAGUCAGCAUUGUAGAAGAUGAAAUUAAAAAGUAUACAACUCUGUCCUACCGAGCUCCUGAGAUGGUAAACCUAUACUGUGGUAAAGCUAUCACCACAAAGGCUGACAUAUGGGCACUUGGAUGCUUACUGUACAAACUCUGCUUUUUUACACUACCAUUCGGAGAAAGCCAGGUUGCAAUCUGUGAUGGGAACUUCACAAUUCCAGAUAACUCCAAAUACUCCAGCGAGAUGCACUGCCUAAUAAGAUUCAUGCUUGAACCAGACCCUGACAAACGACCAGAUAUUUAUCAGGUGUCCCACUUUGCAUUUAAACAAAUUAGGAAGGAAUGUCCUGUCCAGAAUGUCUCUAACUCUCCCAUUCCAGCGAAGCUUGUUGAGCCAGUGAAAGCGAGUGAAGCUGCUGCUAAGAAGACACAGCCCAAGGCGAGGCUUACAGAUCCAACUCCACCCACUGAGACCUCAAUAGCUCCUCGCCAAAGGCCCAAAGCUGGACAGACUCCAGCCAACCCAGGAAUGCUGCCAAUUCAACCCUCCCUCACACCACGAAAGAGACCGUCUGCUCAGACAGUUGCACCACCAGCAGGUGUCAUCCUUGGCACUGCUCACAAUAAUCAACCUCCUGGCGUGCAACAGCCUCUGCAACAGUCAAAACCUCAGCUGCAGCAGCCGCAACUGUUGCUACAGCAGAAGCAGUCCCAAGCAAUGGCGCAGCAGAAGCAGGCACAGCCUCAGCCACAAGCAGCAGUGCAGCAGAAGUUGCCUCAAGCUGCAGUGCAGCCUCCGCCAGGCCCCCAGCAAGCACCUGUGCAACCACAGCUCUUCCUCCCACAAUCACAGCUUCUGCAGCAGCAGCAGCAGCAGCAGCAGAUGAUGGCUCAGCAGUACCACGCCAUACAGCAAGCGCAGCAACAAGUCAUGCAACAUCAGAUGAUGCAGAAUUUCUAUCUCCAGCAACAGCAGCUUGCCACAGCCAUGCAACAGAUGCAGUAUGUGAGCCAGCAGGCUGCUAAUGUCCAGCAGCAGCUGACUGCAGCACACCUGCAACACACAUCAUUGCCCCCGCCGCAGCAGCAAGCUGCAGGUGCUCAAGCAGCCUCUCAGGAACAGGGAAUGACCCAGAUCCAGCAGCAGCAGCAGCCGCCACAGGUGGCACCAAAUCAGUCUCCGAAGAUGGUGCCAAUGUCUGUGACUCCUCCGUCAUCCCCCAAGACUCAGCGGGCCGGGCACAGAAGGAUUCUGAGUGAUGUCACGUACAGCGCAGUAUUUGGGGUUCCAGUCAGUAAAUCAACCCAGCUCCUCGCUGCCGCUGCCGCAGAAGCUGGUUUAAACAAAUCCAAGUCAGCUACAACAACUCCCUCAGGAUCUCCCAGGACCUCCCAACAAAAUGUGUAUAAUCCUCCUGACGUUUCCACCUGGAACCCUUUUGCUGACGACAAUUUUUCCAAACUCACUGCAGAGGAGCUACUUAACAAGGACUUUGAAAAGCUCAAAGAUAGUAAAGUUGAGAAGACAGAUGCUACCACUGAGAGUCUAAUGCCAGGGCUUCCAUCUACUCAGGUCCAGGUGCAAGCAGAUGCUUUUGGAAUAGAUCCCUUUGCCUCCGGGACAGUUGGCUCAGCUGAAAAGACUUCAGAACUGUUGGUUCCAGACACUGCCAUCCCGCCAAUUAAUGUACCCGAUCCUUUCACUCCUGUAACAUCAUCUGACCCACCAGGUUUCCCAAGAGAUGGAUCUGGCCAUUCCACGGAGCAGUUCCGGUCACCUGCCAAUGAUGCUCCUGUUUUCUCUGAGAUUGGCAAGCCUAGGGAGCCCGACGCUGAGGAUGUGAAUUGGCCUAACCCUAUGUGUCCUUCCAGCUGUGGUUCAGUGCACAGCAGCGAUGAUGAUUGCAUUGAGGAUCGUGGUGACCUCCUCGACAGCAGCGGCCACAGACCUCUGCUGUUGGAUUCCGAAGAGGACGAGGAUCCCAAUAAACCUCAGAAUUUGCUGAGCCACGCAGGGGAGAUGGCGGGAGGACAAUUAGUUUCUGGUUCAGGUGAGACAGACCUGCAGGAACAGACAUCCAAACUCCACGGAGAAAAGGGUGAGGAAACAACCAAUGAGGCAGAUGUGUUCUCUGCCGCUCCCUUCAGGAACGCAAGGGGCACUGAAACGGUGCAGGGUGCCGUUGAUGUUUUUACCAGGGCUCCUUUUAAAGUGAAAAUGAAUGCUGCUAGAAAUCAAACUGAAGAGAUUGAUGUCUUCACAAGGGCACCGUUUUCAAAAAAGAAAACGCUGGCAACUUUGGAAGAAACAGUUGUGUACCCACCAGUUGAAGAGAUAUCUACUCACUCCCAGUUUGGAGGUGUUGCUGCAGACACCAAUCAGAUUCGUCAAAGUAUGUUCUCUGGUUUUCCAGACACUUGUGUUGGACAGUCUGGCGGAGCACAGCAACGAGCUGCACCUUUCAUCGCUGGCAACCAGCAAGAUUCCAAGGAAGCAAAGUCCAAUCGAGAGGGAGACCCAAUGAAGAACUACAAUAAUUCCCAGAACCACCAAAUGCAAACCCCCAGCACUUUGCGAGCUCAAGAAGCAUUGCUACCUUCAGGGAGCUCCCAACCCUUCCGCCCUCAAGCGUUAUCCAAGUACUCCCGUCACUUCAAAGAGAAAGAGUGGCAGAGUCAGCUUCCCAGUGCCUACUCAGUCACUCAUGACAUAAUUCAGGGGGUGCGAGGAGCCACUAACCCUGCCUCGGUGGACCCAAGGACUUCCCAGGCGCAUGGGGCUGAUCCAUUUGCUGCAGCUCCCUUUCCCACUAAAUCCAGAAAUCCAAAACCUUGACUUGCAACCUGAAUGGAAGUGGGAGGUAAAGAGGGGCUGGGUGGGAGCAGCAGAGGCAGGGGGCAAUGAAACAUCAAUUGAAAUUGCAGUAUCUCACUUUAACGCCUGGCCAGUUAAAGGCAGUGAGUCUUUUCCUUUUCAAUUCAACAAAACUGUAUGAAACAAUUACAUUAUCAAAUCUCAGGCCUUGACUGUGCAAAUCUCUGGCAUUCAGGUCCACAUGAGGCAUAGUCCGACACAGUAAUCACUUUGUUAAAGUGACCCAGGGCUAAUGACUUUCAAAUUGGAUUGGGACUAAAUUACAGAAUCCACUGAAGUGAUUCAGCUUUUCCCAGCAUCAGAGAUACUCAAGAAGAUAGGAAGUGCAAAACCAGAGCGGAGAAAGGUCGAAAGUUUCUCCUUCUUUUCGGCAGACAUUGUAAAAACUCUAGCCUUAGUUAGGUUGAAUGCCAGAACAUACCUCAAGCUGGUUGUAAAAGUCAGAAGCUGGGAUAACCAAAAAUCCACCAGAGAAGUGUUGUCCAUUACAGUGUUCAAUCAUCACACCAAUUAGUCUCCUUGUGAUUUUUUUUUUAAAAAAACACAUUAAAUGUUUAAAUUUAGAAUACAACCUUGCAACAAAAUUGUAUUAAGCUGCCUACUUUGUAAAUUGAAAGAAAAUGCAAUUUUGCAGUGCCUUUUUAAAGCUAAUUUCUUUCCGAGGACUCAGUGUGCACUGAAUUGGGAUAUUGCAACAUGCAAGAGGCACAGCCCAGCUACUGUUUUGACUGUGCUGCCCUCCAGAGGUGUGGAGUGUGGUUUAUAGUGGCACUGUGUGCAGUGUACCCUAUUUUAAUGCACAAUGUGCACAUUAAUGCGUCAAUCAGAGAUCCCUUUAUUCCUUUGCUUCCUGGAUAAUUCUAGAGAAUGAUAUUCAAGUUGAUUGAGCUUGCAUGAUGCCUUCAUUUGAGUAUUCAAGUAACUCUACUUAAGAUCUCCAUAUCUUAUGGUGGUCUGAAAUAACCUUUCUGGAGGUCUGAAUUAAUUCAUUUGCACCGUGAAUUUAUAUCACGCAGGAUUACCAAGAUUUACUAGAAUUAGUAUAUUUAAAGCAAGAAACACAUGACCACUCCAUUCUAUUGUCAAUGUACAGUGUAGUAUACCAAUCACUCCCUCUGUUUGUCAGUGCAGAAAGCGGUACAUUGAGAGUAAUUUUGAGUUGCUCACUUAUUAAAGUGAUUUAAACUAUAUUUGAUGUUAGAUUUAUUUUUCAUUGAUCAUUAUCCCCAUAAGCCUGCUUGAAAUGGACUGGUGAACACCUCAUUGGUGCAUUGCAACCAAAACAAUGGCUUCUACCUCAGAACUUGCUCUGGGAAGGAGAGUGACUGAGAGGAGAGGAAUUAACAUGUUGGUGGAAGGAAGGAAACUAAUCCAGGCUGGUGCAGACAGGGGAGGGUGCGGCAUGAUGUAGACGAGAGAAAAGAAAAAUGAUUUCUGCAAGCUCCCUGAGAAACUGGCAAAGAUUUUUAGAAUGCUGCUGGGGAAAAAAUUAACAAAAGAAAAUAGUUACUUUCGUACCCUCACAUUUAUUGAACUUACAUUUUAAUUACAUCCAUUUAAAGUUCAAUAAUAACUUAAUGCUAAAAUGAAUUGUUUGUUUUGUUUUCAGUAGGGAUUAAACUUCUGCCACGAUUAACCUGCUGAUUAACUUGAAGUUCUUACUUCAUCAUAUGAGGAUUUUUUUUGAAUUAGGUGACAUCUUAAUUCUAAAGAAAAGUAUUGAUAGUGUUACUUUCAGUAAAGAUUGGGUUUUUUGCCACAACUAAUCUGCUAUGUUCUGCCUUCAUAAAAUGGGAAAUUCUUUGAAAUUAGUGCUAUCGUUUAAUGAACAUCUUGAAUUGUGCGCUUUAAAAUACCUAAUGUAACUAAAAUUGCCCAAGAAAACCCAAAGGGAUUUGCAAGUUGGAAGUCUGGAGAAGGAGUGGCUGUUGGGGAAGAGAAGUUUUCUUCACAAUUUUGCAAGGGGCCUUUCAGAACUGGAAGGGUGGGAGGCUUAUUAUCAGUUGAAUGGUUCAGUCAUUUUCUUCCAGGUGGUCUUCAAACAGAUUUCCAACCUGCAAAGCCUGAAGAAAACUGUGGAGGCAUGGAAAUGAAGUAAAAAUGCCUGAAAUGAACCAGAAACUAUUUAAAUAACCAGCAGAUCAAGCAGGAUCUGAAGACAAAGAGAUGAAGGAAUUAUUUCAGGUGACUAACUUAAUCAAAACUUGGAAAAAAAGGUUAGAGAGCAAGUUUGCGGGCGCAGGAAAAGGGGUAGAACAGAACAAAAGAAAACUGACCUAAGGUAGGAGAUAGUAAUUAAUAAAAAGGGUGUGAGUGCAUGGCAAUUGGGUAGCAAUAAGACACCAGUGAUGUAUUUUACAUCCAAAUGGGCACAGAAAAGCCAUUAUAAAAACACGAGGACUAUUAAAUUUCCAACUAAUCUGAAGAAUAUUAUUGUCCUAUGUGUACUGUGGCUCAUAAGAUGACUUGAACUUUGCAUCUACAAGAUGUCCCAUGUAAUUUACCACUCUUCUCUGUAUUACAGUGAAAAUUGUAUUGACAUUCAAAUGUCACCUUUUUGAUUGAAAGUUGAUUGAUAAUGGAAGUAUUUUGAUAAUGUGCCCCUCAUUAUCAACUGUUCUUAACUGUUUACAUUUAAAAUCAAAGUCAAUAUCUGUUGCUUGAAAAAUAUUUUUAUCUUUUGUGGAUCAUCCAUGCUCAUAAAUAUUUCCUGAUGAAGGCAUUGUUUUUGUGUAAUGCGAUUCUUAAAAUAGUGGCUAUGAAAUGGACUUCAGCUUACUCAAUGGUUCCUGUCAAAGAAAAUAACAUUUUCUUUGUGCAUUAUGAAUGAUCUGAAGUUUUAUUGCAUAAAAUUAUUGCAAAAUAUGAUCCUACAACACUAGUAAAGAGCCAGGAUGAAAAAAAAGGAAAUUUACAUUUGGAGAGAGAAAAAGCAUUGGAUAUAUCCAGAGAAUUGGCAGUAACAACAGUUGGCCAUUUAUUUUGUCAUUAUUGGGUCAUAACAGAUCUUUGUCUUAAUUCUAUUUACCCUUUGGUUCUAUAACCUUUGAUAUUUCAAAACAAAGACAGAUUUUAAUUGGAACAUUUUUAAAUGAUUCCCUGAUUUCAAGGUUUCUUGAAGUGAGAGUUGUGGAUUUUCAAAUGCUUUGCAAACAAAAGUGCUUGCUGAUACCAAUACUAAAUGGACAGUUGUAAUUAUCAUUCUCCUGUUUUGUUCUGUGCUCGUUACCAGGGGAAGUGUUUGCUCCAAUCAAAUCUUUCAAUCACAAGCAUUGUGGCAUAAUUGAACUUUUGAUCUUCCACAUUGUGAGAUUACACCCCUAAUCCUGAAACCUGCCUUUUGAAAAGAAUAGGCCCUUUGCUCUUAUUUCAGUGUUUCUCACAUUCUCAUUACUGGCUUAAAAUGAUAAAGAAAAAGUUCUGAUAUUUAACUCAUUUUUCACUUUUAAAUGAAGGUGAUUUACCAGAAGUAUGCUAACCUCUUAGCAUUUCAGCACAAGGAUUUUUUUUGCUUGUUUUUAGUAAAUGCAGUUUAUACAUGUUUUCAUAUUCAUUGUGAUCAGUUGGUACAAUAGCUUCCCAAUUUCUCCUUUUUCUUUCAUCACCUCAAAAAAGUGUGCACCAACAGUUCAUGAGUGUCUUAAAACAGAACUACCUACAAUGGGCAGUGAAUUGCCCAUUUUAUUUCUGAGGUCCCAUCAGAUAACCUGAGCCAACAAUUUGGCACAAUUUGUUUCACAUUCAUUGUUUAAUCAAGCUGGAAAAAUUGCUCUGUUGGACUGCAAAUUGUAUUUUCUGACUUCCAAGCCCCCGAAGCUUUGAGUAAAUAUUACACUAAAACGAUUUCAGUCACAGUGAAUAGCUAUCUUACCUGCAACAUUUUCUCAAGUAUAUUCUAACAUGCUGAGACUUCUGGAAACACAGCCACUUUUGGCUAAAGAUACUGUGACGGAAGAUGAUUUAAAACUGAUGAACUUGUCCAUUUUUAGAUAACUGACACAGGUCUUAAAAAUCAAAGUGGAUUUUAGUGGAUUUUGUUAUGCUGUUAGUACUUGAAAUUAGUUGAAGUGAAGAGCACUAAUCUGUCCUGGUGAAUGAUGUUUUAAGAUUUGCCCUCAUUUCAGUAGACUGCAUAAUGCAGCACUGCUACAUACGAGCUGGUUGAUUUGCUUGUCAUACAAAGUAAAACAGUAACUCGUUGUGAUCAAUGAAAGUUCACUUAGAAAUGUAGGUCAGUUUUGGAAAAGACCCUUUGGAAAAUUAUUGAGAAGAAUAGGCACGGAACUUGAGUCGUGGAAAUGAGCCAUAGACAAAGACGUGCAGUCAGUGUCUGCAAAAUCAGAAACUGCUCAAAAAUGUCAACAGAUCCAAGCCAGGUGUUGAUUAGACAAUAGUAGAUGGUAAGGUUAUUUUUUGAUAAGUAGUUUAACUCAUAAUGAAGAGCUCCACCUUCACAAACCUUGUCACAAACAUUCACUUUUUUGCUUUAGACAUCUUGGUUCUGCCAGAUUAACUUUCUUCUUCACAGAACAGGGCUAUUUUGACAGUUACAUUCCAGCUAUUUUAAAAUGUAUAGGCUGGGCAUCUAAAUAGUGAGAAUGAUUCCAGGAAUGAAAGGCUUGUCAUAUGAGCAGCCAUUGAAGGCUCUGGGCCUGGACUCGCUGGAAAUUAGAAGAACAUGGAGGGAGCUCAUUGAAACUUACUGAAUAUUGAGGGGCCUGGAUGAAGCAGGUGUGGGAAGGAUGUUUCCUUUGGUGGGAGAGUUUGGGAACGGAAGCUGUAGCCUAAGGGUAGAGGGACAUCCAUCUGGAGUGGAGAUGGGGAGGAGUUUCUUUGGCCAGGGUGUGGUGAAUCUGUGGAAUGUGUUGCCAUGGGUGGCUGUGGAGGCCAGGUCACUGGGUGCAUUUGAGGCGGAGGUUGAAAAGUUCUUGAUUGGUCAGGGUGUGGAAGGUUAUGGGGAGAGUGUGAGAGAAUGGGAGAGCCAGGAUGAAAUAGCAGAGCAUACUUGCUGGACUGAAUGGCCACCUUCUGCUCCCAUGUCUUAUGGCCUUAAUAAAACUCAAUUUCUGAGCAGUGGCACCAUGCUGUUUUGUGUAGAUGAGUGUUCCUAGUGACAAACACAUCACUCAUGAGAAUGUUCCUUCAUCUUUUUCCUAACAAUUUUUCUAAUGCAGGAGGCUAUUUGACCCAUGAGAUCCAUACCAAAUCCUUUAAUUCCAUUCCCCUUCUUAUUUCCUCAUGUUUUCUUCUGUUUCAUGGAUGUCUGCAGAGAGUAAGAGUUUCAGCUUGUAUGCUGCAUACAUUCUCUGAUAUUAAGUGGAACCUUUGAGCCUAUCCUCUCCCACAGACCUGGGUAUCAGUUCUCAUUUCAGAAUCAGAAUCAGGUUCAUUAUCACCAGCAUGUGACAUGAAAUUUGUUAACUUAGCCCCAGCAGUUCAAUGCAAUACAUAAUCUAAAAGAGAAAAAAUAAAUAAAUAAAAUAAUAAUAAGAUACAAGUAAAUCAAUUACAGUAUAUGUAUAUUGAAUAGCUUUUUUUUAAGUGCAAAAAAACAGAAAUACUAUAUAUUAAAAAAGUGAGGUAGUGUCCAAGGAUUCAAUGUCCAUUUAGGAAUCAGAUGGCAGAGGAGAAGAAGCUGUUCCUGAGUUGUUGAGUGUGUGCCUUCAGGCUUCUGUACCUCUUUCCUGAUGGUAGCAGUGAGAAAAGGGCAUGCCCUGGGUGCUGGAGGUCCUUAAUAAUGGACGCUGCCUUUCUGAGAUGCCACUCCCUGAAGAUGUCCUGGGUACUUUGUAGGAUAGUACCCAAGAUGGAGCUGACUAGAUUUACAACCCUCUGCAGCUUCUUUCAGUCCUGUGCAGUAGCAACCCCCCCCCCCCCCAUACUAGACAGUGAUGCAACCUUUCAGAAUGCUCUCCACGGUACAACUAUAGAAGUUUUUGAGUAUAUUGCCUUCUAUAUAACUACAUUGAUAUGUUGGGACCAGGUUAGAUCCUCAGAGAUCUUGACACCCAGGAACUUGAAACUGCUCACUCUCUCCACUUUUGAUUCCUCUAUGAGGAUUCGUAUGUGUUCUUUUGUCUUACCUUUCCUGAAGUCCACAAUCAGUUCUUUCGUCUUAUUUACAUUGAGUGUCAGGUUGUUGCUGUGGCACCACUCCACCAGUUGGCAUAUCUCACUCCUGUACGCCCUCACGUCACCACCUGAGAUUCUAUCAACAAUCAUAUCGUAAGCAAAUUUAUGAAUGGUAUUUGAGCUAUGCCUAGCUGCAUGGUCAUAUGUAAAUAGAGUGUAGAGCAGUGGGCUAAGCACACACCCCUGAGGUGCGCCAGUCUAGAUCGUCAGUGAGGGGGAGGUGUUAUCAUCAAUCCGCACAGAUUGUGGUCUUCGGGUUAGCAAGUCCAAUUGCAGAGGGAGGUACAGAGGCCCAGGUUCUGCAACUUCUCAAUCAGGAUUGUGGGAAUGAUGGUAUUAAAUGCUGAGCUAUAGUCGAUGAACAGCAUCCUGACAUAGGUGUUUGUGUUGUCCAGGUGGUCUAAAGCUGUGUGGAGAGCCAUUGAGAUUGUAUCUGCCGUUGACCUAUUGUGGUGACAGGCAAAUUGCAAUGGGUCCAGGUCCUUGCUGAGGCAGGAGUUCAGUCUAGUCAUGACCAACCAUUCUAAUCAUUUAACUCCGUUUGUCAGUUAUCUGCUAGUGGUAAUGUACAGAGCCAGUUAACCUGCCAAUGUAUCUUUGGAAUGUGGGGGAAAAUAAUCAGAGUGGCUGGGAGCAAUAUACACAAUCUUGGAGAGAACACUCACCCUCCACGCAGACAACACCCAAGGUCAGGAUCGAACUUUGCUCGUUGGGGGUGUGACUGCUGUGCCACCCUUAGACCUGCCAUAAUAGAAAACUACACUUAAUUUGUCAUUGAUAGACUACCUCAUUAUUUUACUGCUGUGAAUAGCUGGGGCUAGCUCAGAUAGUUGCAUGCUGCACCCCAUGCUACCAAACAUAAGUGCUGAGUCAUUCCAGCACAUAUCGAGAAGUGGUGGAAGAAGAAAAGCAGACAAACAGGUUGACUUCCAAUUUUCAAUACAUUGGAUAACAACAAGUACUGUAUCCAGAUUAACACAAAUUGGCCAUGUCAGUUUUACUUUUACCCCACCCCAAUUCAUGAGGCACUGAACAUUUAUCAAUGACAUUGGGGCUUUUGUUUUAAAAGAGUUUUAUUCACAACUUUUUAAGUGACCUAAAAACGCAAUCUCUUUAAUUACCUUUCCAAAGCUGACUGGCUAGGGAAAAGUAUCAUAGUUAAUGCUGUAUCUCUUUGGUGAUUAAUCUAAUGCAGUUACUAGAUGCAAUUUCAAGAGAAAAAGAUGCUCAGUCCUAAGAUACCUGGGACCAUGUCCUGAUUUUCUGGCUUUCUCUCAAUCAAUUUGCUUCCACUAAAGUUAAAUUCCCGUGUUUACCACAGUUCUAUUAGCUGCUAAGGCACUGCCAUUCCUCCCUGUAUCAAUCACUUCACAGCCCAUGUUCAGAGGUUGAAUUUACAAUGGAAUAUUAUAAUUAAAACUCUGUCCCAGACAUAUGGCAUUCUUCUGCUAUUUUUAUGAAGGAAUUAAGGACAAUUUUAAGAAUGUUACUAUAGACAAAUUUCAUGUAAAUGUUGGAAAUAUUUGAUUAAUAUUCAGACCAGAAUAUUUCAAGGGAUAUGUGUUUAAUUUUUGAGACCAUUAAAGGGAUUUAUUGAUGUACCAGAAAGUACUUAUGAUCUGUUUAUGAACUACAUUCCCUGAUAGUCACGGUCAAUAAAUCAAAUAUUCAGCAUGUUUUUUUUUUCUGUAUGGGUUUCUGUUUUAUUUUCACCAGUCAGCUUAUAGUUUCUUAUCUCUAUGGACUCACUUUCUCCAAAGGCCAUUAUUUUAUUUUGGCAUUCCCGUCACCACCUCAGUUCCUUAUCUACUUACCCAAGGAUCAAAGGUUUGCUUGCAGUUCCUGUUAAAGAUUCUCCAUUCUGAUCCCAGGCUGUGGUUUGGUGUGUAUGAGUGAGUGAGCGUACAGUAUGUGAGGAUGGAGAAACAAUGGACCACAGAGCAUAUUGUGUUUCCAUUGCCACCCUCACAGUAUAUCGAUAGUGAAGCGGAGCAAGUGCAGGGUACUUGACCUUUCCAUCUUUCUUGCAGUCCAGAAGCCCACUGAUCUUUGAGCUUUGUAUCCAUUGUCCAAAGCCAGUUUGGAAAUGUUGUUUUAUAUUGAGCAAAGGGAGAACCUGAUCAGGAUACUUCCAAGCAGUACUCUUCAUUAAUCCUUCAGGAGAAAAUCUACAAUGGCAAUAAACUUAAAAUACCUAAUAAUUAUGUUAAAUUGUGCAGUGAUGAUUUCAGUCAGAAUCAUCUGCCCUGGUUGAGGUCUGUCAGGUUCUGUAAUUUUCCUUUUUUAAAACCCUAUUUAUACUGACAGAUGAAUCUUUUAUACAUUUUUGAGUCAAUUUAUUGCGCAUUGGAGAAGGUAUCCAAAGAAAAUAUUAGCAGGAGUCUAAAACUUAGUAUAUUUUAUUGGUCUUUGUUUUAUUGAACUGUUUUUUCCAACAAUGUUUUAACAUUUAUCAGAGUGUCUCUAUAAGAGAUACUGAAAUCCUUAUUCCACUGUUGUUCAUUUAGAUUGUACUUUGGUGUUAAGUAGUACUGUAUUUUCAUGAAGAAAUGGUGGUAGUUUUAAAACCUCCAUUAAAAUGGC